AUUCGAAUAUGCUUGGAGAACAUGGCGCAGACCAGGAUGUGAUUUAUGUUCCCCGUGUAUCACUUGGGAACAGGCCUGUGAUGUGUCUACUAUUUGCCAACAAGACUUUUCAAUUUCCAAUUUAGGUUCUUAACUCUGCAAGCUCCCACAAAGUUCUGUGUCCUUUUUCGCUUAGUCCUCAUAACCAUGGAUGAAUCCAAUAAUAAGCGCCAAGGAACUAGGGUUUUCAAGAAGAGCAGUCCAAAUGGCAAGAUUACCGUGUACCUGGGGAAAAGAGAUUUCGUGGAUCACGUCACGCAUGUGGAUCCAAUCGAUGGGGUAGUACUGAUAGACCCUGACUACUUGAAGGACCGCAAAGUGUUUGGCCAGGUGCUGGCUGCCUUCCGUUAUGGCCGUGAGGAUCUUGAUGUCCUGGGCCUCACUUUUCGCAAGGACCUUUUCCUUGCAUCUGCCCAGAUUUUUCCUCAGGAAGCUGAGAAUAAACGAGACCUUACCAGACUUCAGGAAAGAUUGCUGAAGAAGCUGGGGCCAAAUGCCUAUCCCUUCUUCUUUGAAUUGCCACCAAACUGCCCUGCAUCCGUAACGUUGCAGCCAGCACCAGGAGACACAGGGAAGCCUUGUGGCAUUGACUAUGAACUCAGGGCAUAUGUUGCAGAUACAGUUGAUGACAAACCUCACAAAAGGAACUCGGUCCGCCUUGCAAUCCGGAAGGUGAUGUAUGCACCUAGCAAGCAGGGCGAGCAACCAUACAUUGUUGUGAGCAAGGAUUUCAUGAUGAGUCCCAACCGGCUCCAUCUGGAGGCAUCUCUGGACAAGGAGCUUUACUAUCAUGGAGAGACCAUCAGUGUCAAUGUUCACAUACAGAACAACUCAAAUCGCAGUGUUAAGAGAGUCAAAGUUUCUGUGAGGCAGUUUGCUGACAUUUGCCUCUUUUCUACUGCCCAGUACAAAUGCACUGUUGCUGAGAUUGAAAGCGAAGAAGGGUGCCCUGUGACUCCAGGCUUUAACUUGUCCAAAGUGUACUCCCUGAAACCCACAUUGACGCCAAAUAAGAGUAAGCGAGGCCUGGCCCUGGAUGGCCAGUUGAAACACGAGGACACCAACUUGGCCUCCUCCACCAUAGAGGGCUGUCCAAUUGGGCCAGGGUUCAAUCUGUCAAAGAUCUACACCCUCACUCCUCUUCUAGCAAAUAACAAGGAUAAAUGGGGCCUUGCCCUUGAUGGUCAGCUCAAGCACGAGGAUACCAAUCUUGCCUCCUCCACUCUCAUCAAUGAUCCAUCUCAACGGGAGAGCCUGGCUAUUGUUGUGCAGUACAAAGUGAAGGUGAAGCUAUGCCUUGGUGCUCUUGGAGGGGAUUUGGUGGCAGAGCUUCCAUUCAUGCUGAUGCAUCCGAAGCCAGUAGAGGAGACUGGUCCUCCAACACGUUCCCCCUCCAUGGUUGAACCCACUAAGGACUCUUCCCCAUCUGAAGUCCCUGUUGACACCAAUCUCAUCCAACUUGAGGAUGAUAAUGAACAUGAUGACAUAAUUUUUGAGGACUUUGCCCGCCUGAGACUAAAGGGGGAGACAGAUGCCUAGCUCACACAUCCUUCACCCAGUUCGAAUUGUUGUGGAUGUGGAUGUGAGGUGCUACACCAGAGGAGACUUCAUCCAACAGAUGAGGGAAGGACAAGAGUGCAGAAGAAGUAGUUCUUUUUUGCACGUGCAAUUGAUGACAGUGUGUGCUUGAUGCUUGAUGUGAUGAAGCCCCUCAACUCCCCCACUCACUCCUCUCUGCAUAUAUUUGCUUACUAUUAUUUUUUAAGCUUUUUUUUCUUGCAAACCUGUUUUCAUUGCAUUACUGCUUGUCAGUUGCACAGAUUCCAUGCUAUAAUGCACUUCAGGCCCUGGUUUCAGGAACUCAGGGACAUUGAUAUCAGAAGAUUUCCUGCAGUGCUUGUUCCUAUCCAAUGAGAGCAACUACUUUUGCAUUCACGGAUGUCAUCACCCCAAACAGGGACUUGCACCAGCUUCCCAUGGCCAUCAGUUAAGCACAGGAACAAAGAUGGCCUUUUCCUUGCCAUCUCAUGGGGGAUAUUGCAGGCGAUAUUCGAGAUGGGGGAGCUGUGCUUCUUUUUUAUAUGCUUUGA